GGACCGGCAUCUGAUCUUCAUGCAUCGACAUGGACGAUGAAGGCGCCUUCGACGUGAUUGUCAUUGGAACCGGGCUCACAGAAUCUAUCACUGCCGCAGCCCUUGCAAAAGCAGGCUUCAAAGUUGCUCAUUUGGAUGAAAACGUUUACUACGGAGGAGACGAAGCCAGUUUAUCACUGGAUGAGUACAUAGACUGGGCAACUCAACCCAAAACCUCGACUCAGUUUUCCUCAUUUUCAUCUUUAUCUCCUUCUGACACGCUGCCUGAUUCCCGACAAUACUCUAUUUCUUUGUCGCCUUCAGUUAUACCAGCGACAGGUCCACUCAUAUCGUCCCUCGUGGCAUCCGGUGUAUCUCGCUAUGGCGGCUUUCGUCUCGUCGAACAUGUUGCUGUGUACUCCUCUGAUCACAAAGUUAAAACUGUACCAGGAAGCAAAGAAGAUAUAUUCAAGGAUAAGACCAUAAGUCUACUGGAUAAACGUCGUUUAAUGCGUUUUCUGGUCUUUGCAUCGGGAGACGAAGAAUUCGAAGGCCGGGUAGAGUUAGAGGGUACCAACGUUAAUAUGCCAUUUCUUGAGUUUCUCAAGGCGACAUUUUCCUUGAACCAGGAGAUAGCAGAAACUAUAACAUAUGCUUUGAGCUAUUGUACUUCGCCCACUGACAAAACCCUUCCUGCCCUACAUCGUCUUCGGCGUUACCUCCGCUCUACAGGUCGUUAUGGUCAUUCUCCCUUUCUCAUAGGGCACUAUGGCAGUUCUGGGGAGAUUGCACAAGGAUUUUGUCGUACUGCUGCAGUCGCUGGAGCUGUAUACAUUCUCGGAAAACCUAUAUCUUCCAUAACUCGAAACCGGAAUAGUGAGAAGGCUCAAUCCACUCCGACAUACACCCUCACCCUUGCAGAUUUUCCCGAGCCUAUCACUUGUCAUCUCUUAAUCUCUUCGGAAUCUCGUUUGCCUGUGGAACUCAUAAGGAAUAUCGAUGCUGUUCAGCGGAUUCCUUCAGCAUUCCCCUUUGCCGAUGAAGAUAGUCCCAUAAAGAUUGCCCGGGGAGUAUGCGUUAUCGAUCAACCUUUGACCCUCACUCCUACCCAGGAUUCGUUGAUAUCUGGAGAAGCGGACCCCGAAAGCAAUAUACCCGAGUCCAGAUCCGCUUUGGAUACGGGAAUCGUUGUUUUCCCUCCCUUUUCAGUACCGGCAGGUUUUGCUUCGUCAGCUGUAACAGUGCUCGUAGUCGGAGAAGGAUCAUUUUCUGUUCCGAAAGGAAAAUGGAUAAUUUAUAUAUCGACCCCGAUGCUCUCCUCCUCUCCGGACUCGAAUAACAACUCCGACCCUGUCGUUUCCCCGGAAACACUUCUUAAACCUUACCUCGAAGCGACACUUUCGUUUUCCAGUACAUCUUCUGUCAAACCUUUGAUUCCUCUAUUCACAAGCUUCUAUCUCCAAUCUACGUCUCCGUCACCCCGUGCAGCUUCUGUCACUCCGUCAGCUGUGCCAACAGACCUUAGUGCCUCCCUUGAAGUAUCAAACUCUAUAGAUCCACCAUCACCUAGCAUCCUUCUCAUGCCAUUGCCUGUAUAUUUGCCCCUUCCUGAUUCAGGCGAUGCAUCGGCUUUGAACGCUGAGACGGUAUUUCGGGAGGCUAUCAAAGCAUUAAAUAGGUUCAAGCACACCAAAAAGCAAGAGGCUUCCCAAGAGCAGGAUGCACCGCCGGUACGAGAGGAAGAUAAGCUUAAUAUAGAAAGUUUCUGGCCACCUGUUGUAAGCGAGGAAGAUGAUGAGGAUGAAUGAGAGUUUUGUAAUAAUGACUAUGUAUGGUGCAGAUUCAAUUUUGUUUAACAGACUAUGACGAUUCAGCAUCAAGAAUUUAAAUGCCCAUUACUUCUGAUAUGUACAUCAUAGUUUGGCCAGCAUGAUAGCUCUACCACAGUCAAACCUUCAUAUAACCCAUGUUCAAAC